GCUGAUUGGUCUUGUUGUGAACAGCGGGCGCGUAAGUUUUAAAGGAAAUUCGGCGACCGCGACGCCGCGACAGCAGCAGGGGAAAGCGAAAGUCAGUACUAUUCCGUGAUUUGUUGCCUCAUGGUGAUAUAAUACAAAAACUACACAGAGCAUAGAUGUGCGUUAAAGUAGUGGACAACAAUGAGUAAGAAAAAGCCGCCACCCCGACCACCAUUACCACGGUUAUCGACCGCGAAAAGUGGGCAGCCAACCGGAGGGGCCCCUGAGAGAUCCCUCAGAAAUGCAUUUGCUUCGAUCUCAAUUCGUUACAGUAACAGCACAAAAGAUUCAGAUUCUGAAGAGGAAAUUUCCAUUGUUCGCAAAGAAAAGGCAAAGGUUCCUGACCAAAGCAGCGAAGGAGAAAACAGGGAAAGCAUAGAGGAAGAAGAAGGAUUUAAAGUAUUGCGGAAAGUUUGUGAUGCAGAUGGCACUCAGCCACCUUCCAGACCGGCAGAAAGAAUACUCGUGGAGACGAAUAAAAACCCAUCUGAAGCGACCUUAAACGUGGUUAAGAAAAGCUUUUCUAGUGAGGAGCUGAGGGAUGCUACAGAGAAAAAAGCAGUGACAAAACAGAGUACGUGGCCGAGUUAUUCACGAGUAGACGAUGUCGACGCGACGGGUAUCAUGAAGUUUCUCCGCGGUCGGGAACGCGAACGUGAUCAAGAAAACGAUGCAAAAAGUGACUUGUCAAAAGAAAGCCUUUCGCUUUCAGAACCCAAGGAAGAAACAGACGCUGGUUCCUUUCCUUCCAAGACACAUUUCGAUUCAAGUUCAGAAAGUUAUCUAAAAGCAAAUGAAAAACGUCCAAGAUCUCCUUCCCCAUUUCGCCUUUUGGCUCGCGAUCGACAAAGUGAAAGCUCAAAUGCAGGUGAUCACGAAAAACCUAAAACUUCGGCUGGUGUUUCCUUGUCCUCACUUUUGGCGAGUAUAGGUAAAGAGGAAGCGCAUAGCGAAGCUGAAGCGAAAAUUUCCGAAACUGAAGAAAUUGAAAGCAGUCCUGAGGUUCUUUCGGAGACCCCCGAUCCUUCUUCGCUUGAGUUGUCACUCAACUUUUGCCAUGACCAUUUUGAUCAAGAGCCGGUUCUGGGAAUUAGAAGUGGGGAUACAAGAACGCGGCUUUUAUCGCGCCUUGUCACAGACAAAUCUCCACAAUUUGAAAAUUUUUGCCUGUGCUGCCUAAUGGUGUAUAUAUAUUUUAUAACAGAAUGGCCUCCUUUCAUUUAUGGUGUUGUUUUUGGUGCGCUUUUUGCGUAUCUCGCGGGGUGCGCCUUUCUGUGGCUCUUCUGUCCAGAGGACACAGUGGCUGAAAGAUACGAAAAGGAACUUUUGGAAUUCGAGGAGAGGCAAGCGAGAGCGCCUAAGCCCAAUUAUCAAUCAGUUGACCCAGGGUUGCUUUUGAAAAGGCAAAAACAAGAGGCAAGUAUUUAUUUAAUCUAUGUUUCGUGACAUAAAUUAUAACAUAAAACAAAAUCGACAUUUCCCGUCGCUGGCCACAUGUAGGUCCCAAACAAAAACCUUGGAAUAUUGCUCAAGCAUGCGUGAAACAGAGGGUAAACAGUUGCAAUUUGUUUGCCUAGCGUUCGCUUUGAAUAGUCGUAUGUGAUCUUUACCCCUUCAUUCUUAAUUUUUAAUGAUAUUUGUGUGUAAAAGUAAUUAGAGUAAUAUUCGUUGGAUCGGACUGUUGGAUUUUUUUACAGUUACAAGUUUAUACCCAACGUGAUGAGCUUUCUGUAAACACACAAACAAUUUGUUAUGUUAAGGAGAAUAUUAAAUAAGAUAUCCUGUAAAUUUUCAGCCCUAGCGUCUGCAACAGCCACGGAAAACUAGAAGGAUUUGUAUGGAAAAAACAACAACAACAACUCUUGCCACUCAGUCAUGGUUGAGUGGGGUACCAUACAAGUCCUUGUAAAUUUUGAAAUUUUCAAACAAUUCGUUAUCUUUCCCGUAUGCGUUACAUGCCUCAAAUUUUGUUUUGUUCCUAACAGAAAAUUUGAGGUCCCUUAUGCAUGAGGGAAAGAUUUUAUAAGACAGUGAAAAUUCAAAAUUUACAAGGAUUUGUAUGGAAAACCACCCAACUGUGACUGACAUGGGUGGCAAGAGUUGUUUUUUCCAUAAAAAUCCUAUUUAUAUUUGGCAUCCGUUGCAGUCGCUUCUUUUGAAAAUUUACUGGUUACCUAAUAAUUACACUCUAUGCUCUAUGCUCUAUCAGUUCCUGCUAAAAUCAUUUUUCCAAAACAAAUUGCUUUCAUGUUUACAGAAAGUUGAUCACAUGACCCACUAUUGCAAAUUCUCAAUAUGGUAUAUUGAUUGUUUUUGUUCUUCUUAUUUAGGGGUGGAUGUUCAAGUCACUUAAUUAUGUUCCUGAGAAGUUUGAGUUCAGCAGUGAGACUGUUCCAGUCUUUGCUUCAUUAGAAGGAACAAAGCUAACUCUGUCACAUCCGAAGAGUGAUGGAACAGGAAAGAAGUUUGACCCCCGAGCAGUGGAGGAGAAAGCAAGUGUGUCCUUCUCAAGACAUGAACAGUACGAUUUAGCUGGAAGUAAAGUCAUGCUUCUUCCUGCAACACUGACAAUGAAGAAAGUUUGGACUCGAAAGUGUCCUAUUUGUAUUGUUCUUGACAAGUCCAAUUCAAAAUCAGAAGAUACGACUGACAAUAGCAAUAGUUCAGGUGAUGAAGGGGAUUAUGAAGUAAUCCACCAUUCAGAGCGGCGGGAGUUUGAAGAUGUUGGGACUUUAUACUUGUUUCCAAGGACUGGUCGAGAAAAGGAAGAGUGGUUUAACCAUCUUUGUAAACUUCUACGUAACAACUCGGUGUCUUUUUCAAAGAAAGAAAAGCUCAAAUCUCAAUGUUCCUAUCCUCACUACAUGGCCAAACUUGUCCCUCAGCCAGGAAGCACGUCCCCCCAUCUGCAUACUGAAAUUGCAUGGGUAAAUGCAAUUGUUGGGAGAGCCUUCUGGGAUGUUUGGCAUGACAAAUACUGGACUAACAAAGUCAAAGAGCGUUUUGAAAACAAGCUGUCGAAGAUGAAGAAACCAUCUUUUAUUCGUGAUAUCACUAUUUCUGACCUCAACUUGGGACAAAGUCUUCCUGUCAUUACAAAGGCUUUCCCUCCUGUGGUAGAUAAGCGUGGUACUUGGGUGGAUUUGGAGGUGGACUACAAAGGGGGACUGAUCUUCACUUUUGAAGGUCAUUUAAAUAUUGAGGGUUAUCUCAGUUUUUUUCUUAGUCUUGGUAACAAUGAAAAUGUGGAACUGGAGAUGGCAGAGUUAUCAAGAAAGUAUGAUGCAGUUGAGAAAGACAGUUUUGUAAAAAAUGCCGAGGAAAAUGCUUCGGAGUCUGAGAGUCCCCCCGACAGUGACUCAGACUUUGAAUCACCUGAAUCAGACCUUGAGGAAUUCACUGUCAAGGCCAUGCAGACUCCCCUCAAUCUCUCGACCAACAAAGACAAGCCCAAAGAUGGACAGCAGAGUGAAAGCUCUGAUUCCUUUACAUUAAGCAGUUUUGAGGGUGAUGAGGAGGUUUUAGAAAGCAAGGACCCUAUACUUUCUGGUAAUGUGUCUGACACAGAAGGAGAUGAAGGUAGUUUGGAGAAGAACACAAAAUUGGGAAGACAGAAACUCUCUGAAUCUAAGCAAAGCUUAAGUGACGAAGUAACAGAAAAGAGUUCGUCAAAUUCAACUGCAUUUUCUGAAAAGAUGUCAGAGUCUGCACCUUCGAGUCCAAUCAAAUCAUAUUUAGGUGUUUCUGCAAAAGGUGGCCCAAAGCACAAGAUCUUUAGUGUUAUUGAACGUCUGGCCAAGUCCAAAUGGGUGAAGAAGGCAGCAGAAACUGGUAUUGUCAAAAGAGCUGCUGAAAAGUUUUCAAAUCUGCCAAUCAUUUUGUGUGUAGAGGUACUAUCAGUGAAGGGAACUCUUGCAUUAAACAUCCCUCCACCACCUACAAACAGACUGUGGUAAGUGUACAUUAUUAACAAUUAUUUUUAUUACUCUUGUAAUGAUAAAACCUUUUCAUUCCUAUCUGUCAAUAACUUUUGAUAACACUAAGCAUUAAAUGCUCUGAGGUAAGCAGCUCACCUUUUGAGUUAGUGAGAAAGAUAAAUAAUUGCUUUACUCUAACGUGAAUAUCAAGUGACCUAAUGCUAGUUAAACAGAAUGCAUGAGUGCAGCUGGUAACACAAAACAUACUAAUAGAACAACAGACACUAAAUUUCAUAAAUCCAUUGACUAAGCAAAUGUGGCAAUGCUGACAGUAGGAUGACACAAAUAACUCAAUAAAAAUUAUUGCUAAGUACCUGAGAUCCAUGAACCCUCACCCACAGCACUUAGACCCACCUCUCUGCUCUGUACCGGCAAAAUUAUACUGAUUUAUGUCAACUCUGAUUAUCACAAGUGACUUUAAACUUAAUUAUACAUCUAAAGUUUAGAGUUUUAGUAUGAUCAAUGCUUGGAUAGUAACAAUGUUUGACAUGCUGCACCCUGUCAGUGUUUGUUUUGGCCAGAAGCUAAUUAUUAAAAAGCUGAUGUUUGUUAUCAUCCUUCUCAAACUCAUUAAUAAUUCAUGAAGAAAAUACAAAGGAAAUUAAUGUUUAAUGAGUGUUUGGAAAUCGGAUGAAACACUGCUUAGUAUUUGCAUCCUUAAUUUCUCCUUCAGAAAUGAUUUUGUUUGAGAAGAAAUAUCAAACAUUCGACACAGUGUUUCAUCACCAGAUGAAACACCUCGAAGUUCGUCAAAAAUACUCCGCUGGGCGUCGUAUUUUCAACUCUCUUCUCGGUGUUUCAUCUGGUGAUGAAACACUGCAUCUCAUGUUUGAUAUAUUACUUCAGGUAUGGUUUUCGUGGAACUCCUUUGCUCUUUGUUUCUGCAAGACCCAAGCUUGGUGAUCGCCAGGUUAAACUCACACAUGUCACGGAGUGGAUUGAGAAGAAGAUUAAAAAGGAGUUUAAGGUGAAAGAACGUAUUUAUUUUAUUCCUGUGGUGUUUUUGUUGUUUUUCAAUUGAACCUCAUACACUGGAUAGUCCUUUUGCUUUAAGACCUUCCUGUCUACUCUGCCAUUCCAGAGGGGGUAUGCAACAUGCUUCCUGAAACCCCUUCCCUCUCUUUUACUAAAAUGUGAUGUCUUGUACCAUAAUUAUUUUAAGUACAUAACAUUUCCUACUUUUAGACCCAAAUGGUCAAAAUCUGUUCCCAAUUUCUGACUAGAAGGGGUCAAAAACCAUACCCUUUGGUGUUGUGUGCCUAUAUAGCUUACACAAGGAAAACCCCCACCCCUACCCCCUUCAGUAGUUUUAUCCCACAGAUUGGGUCUGGUGGCAAUGCCUCCCCUACCACUAACAAGUUUGAAAGCACACACAAGGCUGAUAAUAUACCUCACUAUAACAGCUCUAGUUAUAAGCAACUUAGGUUACAGUGUAUGUAGUUUCCAUUAGGUUUAUUCACUUAAAGUGAUUUUGCAAUGUUGAAAAAAUGACAUAACCUUUUUUUUCAGAAUAUGUUUGUACUUCCUAAUAUGGAAGAUUUACCAAUCAGGCUCAUGAAUUCAGGACUUGAAGAGGACUUUCCAGAAUGGUGA